UUCAAGACUUGCAUCACCAUAAGGUGGACACUGUAAAUUACCUGGAAGUCUACCUGAAUAGGUCAUCUCUCACCUUCACUUCACCUCCUACGCCGCUUCCCUUUCUGCAACGAGCUCGGGCAAAACUUUCAGAUAGCGGUUGCACAUGGAGGAAGGAACGGAGACACGCGUCAUCUCGUGACUUCGUGUUCACGGAAGGCACCAUGGCCGCUCUCGUACAAACACCAUCUAUCACCUUCUUCGAGUUCCCUUAAUCAUAACCACCACAGCUGAAGCUUCGAUACGCGAAAUCCGCUAGAGCGACAAUGGAGCCUCCGCCAGAUGGCACACACUGCCACAUACUGCGCUUGCCGUACGAGAUGCUCAAGCACAUUUUGGCUGAAUUAGUCCAGUGCGAUCAGCUCAGCAUAGCGAAGACGUGCAUACACCUCUUGGAAAUUGCAUACCCGGUGGCUUAUCAUCACAUCUUUAUUAAAACUGAUCCGGUCACGGCAAUGACCACUUGGAAAAACCUUGCUUCUGGCAACGGUCUACGACAUGUUCGGCAUCUCCAAGUUCAUGAUUCAGGACAGUCAACUGCAAAUGCUAGGAAGCGGCAUCAUGUCGGAGAUGUGGUUACUGGUAUUCUUCUUGCAGCUCUGCGCCGGCAUCAGUUGCUGUCCUUUAGUCUAACACACCCUGUCGUUGCCUCAUCCAUGGUGUCCACAAGAAACCUGGUCAUACUGAUGGAAACUCAGCAACACCUUGCACAAGUAAGCUUACCAAGUUUCAUGCGAUCCAACGAUAUCAGCAUUGCCAAUUUUCUUCCGGUGAAUUUACAAUUUCGCAGCCUUCGCAACAUUACGUUAGAGCUGCCUAUCAGUAGUAGCGUCGAUGACAUGAGCAGUGUUAUUGUUGAGAAAUCACCCAGCCUGGAGAGUAUCCAUCUUUGGUUCUCAGCCCAAGGUAACGAGCUUUCGCCCCAUGUCUUCACAGUACCUAGAGGUGAGCCAUCUUCUCGGGGCAUCUUAUUCUCCAUGGCUACCAGGCUUACUAUUCUUGGCUACGAUUUCAAACAUCUCCCCAAGCUGGUGGGUCUGCCCUUGUUUCCUGCGCUCCGCGCUCUUGCAAUGAUUGACUGCAAGAACGACGUUUAUCUCCACGUUCGCACCAAACCAGGAAGGCUUCCGAAGCUACGAGCAUUAAUGAUCACAAGCGCCAAUUACAUACCCGGAGAUGACAUUAUUCGCUUAAUUGGAGGAACAAGCUGCUUGCGAGAACUCAUUGUAGUCUUGAACUCCUCUUCUUCGGUAUACGGGGCACCUCGCUUUCCAGUCUGGAAGCACUGACAGCUCUGCGUCACUUGGGUGUUUCCAUGAAUGACCUCUAUUAUUGGAAGUCAACCAGGUUUUGUAUUGAGAGCAAGAAACGGCUCACUAAAGUCUUUGCAAACUUUGCGAGUCACAAGAAGCUACUGUCACUGACUUUGCGGUGUACCAUCGACUUCCUUCCUAACGAAGAGGAGACAAGCCUACCGCUAGGUAUUGGGCAUUUCGAGGCGUUGAUAAGAGAUACACUUCUUUCGUACAUCACGGAAAUGGGCUCCACGAUCGACGAUAGUAUCCUUGAGUAUCUAGGUGUUGUCGUCAACGUCACAGCCUAUACUCUUGAUCUACCUGCCAAAGCUCCCGAAGGCCCCAACCAAGCCCUAGAGCGCCUGAA